AUGGAGUUAAAGCUAAAUAGAUAGCCUUCAAUAAAUAUCUAAAUAGAUCCAGAAUCACCAACUACUAAAGAAGCCAUUGGAAGAUUAGGAAUCGAUCCUAAUGAACUCCUUAAAAAACAUAAGAAUGAAUUCGCUCUUGAUUGUGAGAACGCUAAAGUCUUAGAUUUCAGAUAUAAAAACUAUCUGACGAGAUACCAUACUUUGCUGAAAAAGCUGGAAGAUGAAAAGUAGGCAAUAAGGCUAAGAGGGAAUAAUGGUAGCGUUAUGAGUAGAUUAAACAGCAGAUAUAACGUAAGCUUGCCACUCAUGAGCUCUAAUUCAGUAAGAAACCUGAGGCGCUUAGAUGAGUCAUCGAUAUCUAGGGGCGGACUAGGCGUAGCCUUAAGCAACUAGAGGUACAGUGUAUUAAGUAAUAUCCCAAAUCAAAGUAGUUUGGCUUUAUCUCUUCCUAGAAUUGGCAAAAAUAUUGAAACAAGUGCUUAGUCACCAAGUGUAUUAAGUUCAGGUAGAGGUGAUAAAUCCAAUAAAAGUACUGUGUUUUCUUCUGAUAUUUAUGCUAAGAUCUCUUAAGAAUAUGAAAAGAUGACUGAGUCUAAGGUUAAAUCCCAGAUUGAUCUAAAAAAUCAUCUGCUUUAGUAACUGAAGAAUGAGCAAUACAUGCAAAAACUAGAGUAAAAACUGAAACGAAUUGAGGAAUAUGAAAAAGAAGAACUUGAAGAGAUUUAGUAUAAAAAAUAAAUGAGAGAAUAAGCUAGAAAAAAUAAGCUUCAAAGAGUUAAGAGUGAGAUGGAGCGAAAUGUAGAGGAAAGCGAGCUUAUGGCCUAGAAAUAUAAUGAGGAGAGACUUAAAAGAGUUAAGGAGUAAAAGGAAAGAUAAUUAUAAAUAGCUUAAUAAGAGAAGGAGAAGUUUGAUAAGGAACUUGAAAUUAAGUAGAAUAUUUAAAGGAAAAAGCAUGAAUUAGAGAAGCAAGAAGAGGAACAAUGCUUGAAUAGACUAAAGGAACUUGAUCAAAAGAUCAAUUAGAAGAAUAACACUUUUUUACAAAGAUAACAAGAAAAAUAGUCUCAUCUCAAAUCUUAAAGCUUGAUAGUCCAAAUGAAAAAUGACAUGGCUAGGAAAUAAUUUGAAGAAUAGAAGGAGAAAAAGCAAGAACGAGUGAUUAAAAAGAUUUAGUAGACUGAGAAGUAAAUAAACCAAAGAUUAGAGGAAAGAGAUGAAAUGAUUAAGUAUCGCACUCAUUAAGAAGAGUAGAAAGGAGACCGAGCCUAUCAAAAUCAUUUGGAGGCAAUGAGAUAGGAUCAGGAAUACAGAAGAAUGACCGAGGAUAAGAUUAAUAGAAAAAUAGCAAGAGCCAGACUCGGGAACUCUAUGACAGCACCAAAACUGCUUUCAGAUCUAGUGAUGAACAACGGCCACUCUUAGUAUGAAGUAGCAGAUGACAUUAUGCUUAAGUAUGAGAGUAAAAAACUUAAAGAACAUAAUUUCUAAGAGAACUACCGAAGAGAGCAGAAGAAGCAGCAGCUUAAAAAGCAAUAAAUACUUGAAAAAGAGUAUGCGUACAGUUAGAAGGUACAGCUGGCUAAGAUUGAAAGGCAAAUGAUAGAGAAGUGCAAGGUGCAAACACAAAAUGCAGCAAUCAAGAGCAAAGAGGAUAAGAACCAGUUUAUUCAAAGACUUAAGGCUUACUCAGUAAUAGAUAAAAAUCAGAAGAAAAAAGCAUAGAAAAUAGCUUUGCAAUUAGCGACGGAUAUUGAUUUAGGUGAAGUAUUUGCUGAUAAGAAAAAAGAUGAAAAUGGAUUAGGUGGAAACGUAUGA